UAGAGGUGGUUCAGUCGGUCGAUGUGACACAUCCGGCAUGUAAAAAAAAAACACGCUAAAGAAAAGACAUUGAUAAAAAAUAAUUGAAUUUGAAGAAGAAAUGAAUAAUUUGUAAACGAGGUUUCGUAUUCUUGAGAAAAAUUGGUGUCUCACAUCAAGAUGCAGAUUUUCGUGAAAACCUUGACCGGUAAAACGAUCACACUCGAAGUCGAGCCUUCGGAUUCGAUUGAAAAUGUGAAGCAAAAGAUCCAAGAUAAGGAAGGAAUUCCUCCUGACCAGCAACGUUUGAUCUUCGCCGGAAAGCAAUUGGAAGAUGGCAGGACUCUGUCCGAUUACAAUAUUCAAAAAGAAUCAACUCUACAUCUGGUGUUACGUUUACGUGGUGGUGUUAUCGAGCCUACCCUUCGGCAGUUAGCUGAAAAGUACAAUUGUGAGAAGAUGAUUUGUCGCAAGUGUUACGCCAGACUUCACCCGCGUGCUACGAAUUGCCGUAAAAAGAAGUGUGGACACACCAAUAACUUACGUCCAAAGAAGAAGCUCAAGAAGUAAUAAUAUAGUUUCACUCGUGUUUAAAAAUUGAAAAAAUAUUUUCAUUCAUGUUUAAAAAAUAUUAAAAUAUUUUCACCAAUG